CAAUGGCAGAAGUGGCAGCUUCCGGCGAUGAUGGAUCGGAAAGCAGGGGCUCCGGCACCAGAGGGCGCGAUCGAGCACAAGGCGAAUGCCAGGGUUGGUCUUCUGGGAAACCCCAGCGACGUCUACUUCGGCCGUGUCAUCUCCUUCAGCUUCGCCAACUUCUGGGCUUCCGUUCGCUUGGAGCCCUCCGCCGAUCUCGUCAUCCGGCCGCACCCUACCCACGAUCUCGUCCACUUCGACUCCCUCCACCAUCUCGUGAGUCGAUUGCAAAAUGAAGGUUAUUAUGGAGGUGUACGCUUGCUGAUGGCAAUUUGUAAAGUGUUUCAUAAUUAUUGCAAAGACAACAAGAUUGAUCUCCGUGGAGGGAAUUUCACUCUAUCAUAUGAAACUAAUAUCCCUCGGCAGACGGGGCUUUCAGGUUCCAGCGCAAUUGUAUGUGCUGCCCUCAACUGCCUCCUUGACUUUUAUGAAGUUAGGCAUUUAAUUAAAGUAGAGGUCAGGCCCAACCUUAUCCUUGAUGCAGAGAAGGAACUUGGAAUAGUUGCUGGUCUGCAGGAUCGGGUUGCACAGGUUUAUGGAGGCCUUGUUUACAUGGAUUUUAGCAAGGAACGCAUGGAUGGAUUAGGCCAUGGCAUCUACACACCCCUGGAUAUUAGUCUUCUCCCUCCGCUGCAUCUCAUCUAUGCUGAAAAUCCUAGUGAUUCUGGGAAGGUACACAGUACAGUAAGGCAGAGGUGGCUUAAUGGAGAUGAGUUCAUAAAAUCAUCAAUGGCAGAGGUUGCGAAUAUAGCAUUAGAAGGACGGAAUGCAUUGCUUGAGAAAGACCAUUCAAAGCUUGCAAACCUCAUGAACCAUAAUUUCAACCUUCGGAGGAAUAUGUUUGGUGAUGAUGUGCUUGGCGCUUUAAACAUAGAGAUGGUGGAGGUGGCACGAAGAGUGGGUGCUGCAUCAAAGUUUACAGGAAGCGGAGGAGCGGUGAUCGCAUUCUGCCCCGAUGGUCCCUCUCAAGUAAAGGCUCUGGAGGAGGCUUGUAAAAAAGCUGGUUUUAUUGUUCUGCCCGUCAAGGUUGUUCCUUCACGCCUAAAUGAUAUUGAUCUCAAAACCCUCUCAUCAAAGUAGGAAAAAACUGAGUGAUACUCUUGGUUAAUUAGUCCUUUACUUUCACGUCCAACCAAAAAAAAGAUCCUCAAAAUCUUUACUGGUGGUGCUGCAGAACCAUCAAUUUGCGUUGUAUUUUUUCAUAAUUUGAUUAAAAAAAAGAUUGCCAUUUGAAUUUUUUGUCAAA